AUGAAUACAGCUGCAGCAGGGAGGUUCCUGGUGGACUCCUUUAAAUUAAAGUCAGAAAAUGAUUCGAAUAUAAUCAAGGACAACAGGGAGAAGCUGUGCAAGGUUAAGGAGACUGUGUCAGACAUGCACAGUAAGUUACUUGCACACAACGAUGACCUGUUCAAGUGUGGAACAAACCAACUCAGGCAGGGCAGAGGGACAAUGUACGCUUUUAAUACCGAGUACAUGGCAAAGCUGAAGGACCUGGUGGGCACCAUAGCAAGCACAGACGCCAGACUUGAGGUUGCACUGGCUAAGGUCGAGCGUGUGCACGCAACAAAGAGAAGAGAAAAGAGUAGCCAGUCGAGAAAGGCCAAGGAACAACGGCGCAAAAUCAACAAACGAAAAGAUCACAGACUCAACGUGAACUGCGCCAAGCUAUUCCAGCAGCUGGGAGGCGUGACGGCCUGGGGCAGAUUCGCACCUCGGGAUACCGGCUUUCUCCCGCUUGAUGCAAGUCACGACUUUGAUGAGGGUAGCACAUUCAUAUCUCCGUAUGCCAGCUACUUUGACCUAUUCCCGUUCAGGAAUGACCGCAAAAAUAUGAUGGUUAAUCUGGUCAACUUGACAUUGGAAAAUAAGAUGACGUACUACGUGACUGUCAUGGCCGCGGAUGAAAGCCUCCAGUGUGAUGUCAUCACAUUGCCAGUAACAGUGGACACAACCCCGCCUAAAAAGGGGCACGUGGAUGUAGGACCGUUUAUAAACAUUCCUCUUCAAUACACAAAUCGGAGUGACGAAAUGUGGGUGUCUUGGGAUGGUUUCUAUGACGAUGAAAGUGACAUCUUUGAGUACAAGGUCACUGUGUUGGGACCAGAGCGGUGUAGGAAUAUGGCCGACAACGCCCCACAAUUCACUGAUGCCAUCUUUGUCAACGCCACCUACAGCAACUACACUUUUGUGGACUUAGCACUUCAGGAAAAAGUGGUGUACUUUGUCGAACUAACAGCCGUCAACUAUGCCUCCGGCUUCACCACUAUUACAUCAUCCCCUGUGCUGACGGACGGUCGCGACCCCAUACCUGGAACUGUGAUGGAUGGGGAUUCCUUCCAACGCGAUAUCUCUCACCAGAGUUCCCUUACGGAGCUUCACGGUACCUUCACCAUGUACCAUGGACUGGAGCCAUAUCAGUGCUCGUACAACCAUCACGAUCUUGACGGGCCAACUGAAGAAUGGAAGGCAAUAACGGCACAAGGCGUCUGGGGAACCUCAAUAGAUGCGUCUCGCAUUAAGUUUGUACCUGAACAGGUGUCUUUUGAAGAGGAUGAGGGUCUGACUGUGACUAUGGUGAGAGAUGUGCGAGCAGAAAGGAUGAUUUCUGGAGGAUACAUGACAGUUUUGAAUAAUGAUGGAUCAGGCAUCUUUCAGAUUGAAAUGGUGGCUGCGACCAAUGAGUCUGACGCCAUGACAUCCUUGGUGUUCUGGGACGGACCAGACGGAGUAGUUGGGGGUUUCGACAUGCCGGAUAUACCUGAAGAAAAUGAUGAUGACAAUGCCACGACGAGCGCUCCGACGACCACUCGAGCGACCACACAGAAUCCUUUCCAGGUCAUCAACGAGGAGUCAGAUGAGCUGUCGGGUGAGAAGGCUGCACUGCGUAGCCUGCCGUACACAUCACUUGGCAUGGAUAUUUUUGCAGAAUGGUUAACAACAGAAAACCGUACGGAAUACUACGCACUUAUCUGGUGCCGCAUUUUGAACGAACCUGGGGCGCUGCAGUUUGAGAAAAUAGAGCUGGGCUUUGAUGCCUCGGAGGCGUGGCACACGUAUGCCCUGAAGUACAUAGUGGACAGGACAGAUGCAACUCAGGAACUAUGGGGUCUUGAGCUACACGUCGACGGGGUGUAUGUUACCACGGUUACUGGGAUCCCCGCUCCCACCCCUACAACAAUGAUGAUUCUGGCCGUCAGAAGCAAGCACGGAGCGGUUGCUGAAUUCCAGGAUGUCCAGAACCCGCCAUCUGUUCAGGCACACUUUAGAAACCUUAAGACCCCUCCAUCAAUUAACCAGCUAUGCCGAUACGGUACUCCAUUCCAAGACGGCAGCACCACUAUUCUGAAGAUGUAUGCCGGAGUUGGUAGGAGUAAGGGGGCAGAUGAUGUUGAGCCAUUCUUCGAGAUUGAGGAUCUCUGCAUACCCUGCAAGGACAGAUGCAGUACGUACAACUGCGAUGUGAGCUGCGAAGUCGAUCACAUCACGCUGCAUCACGUGUACAUCAACAACCUCAACCUUUCCACAUACAUGGACAUCAUCGAGGACGACAAUUCCACCACAUCUGUUCCCGCUCUCUACUACAUUACCAUAAAGGCUGAAUCAGGAUCAGGUCGUUUUGUGGUGUCCUCAUCGGAUGGAGUAUACGUGGAUGCGACCCCGCCUGUAUUCGAAGACUUGUUCCACGUGGACCUUGAUUGGUCCGAAGAUCAACCAAUCACAACCCAAGGAAGUAACAGUACCAUUGCCAUUAGGUGGGAGGCGUAUGACUUGGAAAGCAAGAUCGUCGAGUAUUUCUGGGCCAUCGGUACCGCUAAUUAUUCGACCAACAUCCAAGACUUUGUGUCCGUCGGGCUCGCCAGAACUGCCAGCAACAGUGAGCUGGAAGGCAUUCUACAGCCACACAUGACCUACUACGCAACUGUCAUUGCUGUGAAUGCAGCUGGAUUAAAUACCACCAUGACCACAACAGGUGUAACCGUGAUUGAGGACACUCCGAAACCAGACGAGAAUGCCACUGUGGGAGUGGAGGGGUGUGAAGAUGGCCUCUGUCCUGGCGCUAGGUCUUCUGUCGGAGUAGCAUUGCCGGAGUUUAAGCCGGAGGAUGGGAUCACUGGAAUCUAUUUGAGCAUCGGUAGCACAGAAGAAGAUGAAGACAUCAUUCCGGAGACUCGGGUCGGCUACAACGAGUCAGGAACAGUCUUAGUGGAUAACGGACAGGUGUUCCUUAAUGGACGUGUGGUGGCCAACAUCUCAGACCUCGGUGACCUCUCAGAUCCAGAUGCCCCGAAGAGUGACAAGUUCAACAUGGAACCUGGCAGGAAGAUGUUUGUGAAAGUGAAGGCGUGUAAUUCAGCUCACAAAUGCACCGUUGUUGACACCCAAGCCAUCACUGUUUCAAGUGAGGGUGAUGAGGUAGCAAAGGCUAACGAUAAGGGUGAAGUGACAAUGUCACUUAGUGCUCCAUCAUCGAAAAGGUCUGCAGGAGCACAGGGAGUUUCCAUCGUGGCUGCAGGAGUAGAGUGGUCCUAG